AUGAUGCUGAGGGUGCUCGUGCUCUGCUGCAGCAGGGGGGCCGGGGUCAGGCUGCUGUCUUCCUUUUCAUCUGAGCCUCUACUUCCACCCAACCUCAUCCUGCCUCCGGGACUAAAAGAUGGACCCACUAAAAUUCACCGACCUCCUGUGGAUUUGUCUCAGCCCGUCCUGAGAACAUGCAAGAUCCCAGUGCCCUCCCACCUGUCACCCAGACCUGUCUGGUUGGAGUCUAUAACUAACCAAGAUCAGGAACUGCAAGGGCUGGUGCACCUCCACCCCGAUGUGUUUGAUGUCCCUCCCAGAAUUGACAUCCUUCAUCAAGUUAUAACAUGGCAGAGAAACUACAAAAGGAUUAGUUAUGCCAAGACGAAGACCCGAGCGGAGGUCAGAGGAGGAGGGAGGAAGCCCUGGAAGCAGAAGGGAAGUGGACGAGCUCGGCAGGGAAGCAUUAGAUCACCUCUGUGGAGAGGAGGUGGUGUAGCCCAUGGUCCUCGUGGCCCCAAAAGCUAUUAUUACAUGCUGCCCAUGAAACUUCGAGUCCUGGGAUUGAAGAUGGCUUUGACUGUAAAACUUGCUCAGAAUGACCUCCAUAUUAUUGAUUCCACUGACAUUUCCAGCCCAGACCCUCAGUAUCUUGUUGACCUCUUUAACCAGCGACAUUGGGGAGAAUCAAUACUUAUAGUUGACGUCAAUGAACAUAUGCCUGAAAACAUUCUCACUGCAACUCUAGAUUUGAAGAAGAUCACCCUAAUCCCAGCUAUAGGUAUAAAUGUGUACAGUAUGCUGAAAUACAAAACACUUCUGUUAACAGUCAGAGCCGUGGAUUUCUUAGAAGAGAAACUGCUGUUUCAAGAUAAUCGCUACUGUGGCCUGUACAAUUUCAAGUACCCUUACAGUGACUUCCCCUAA